AUGACUCCUCGAGGCACUGAAGACUCGCAAACGGGGUUGCCGCCGCCGCCACCAUCAUCAUCAUCACAACGGAUCGUUUUCCAAAUGCCAGUCUUCCAGAACGUCGAGGACGUGUAUAUGUACGGACCCGGUGGGUAUCACCCUGUUGACCUCGGCGAUGUGGUCGGACACAGCUUCAAAAUCAUACACAAACUCGGAAACGGAGGCUUCGCUCUCGUCUGGCUAGCUCGGGAUCUCAACCAAGAUCGAUACGUUGCACUCAAAAUUCUAAGAUCAGAUGCUUCAGAUAAUGAGGUCAAAAUCCUGGAGCAUCUAAAAAUGGCUGCGGGAAAAACUCGAAUCACUAACCUCCAGGAAACAUUUACGAUUCACGGACCCAACGGGUUCCAUCAAUGCCUAGUGCUAGACCUUGGUGGGCCAAGCCUCCGGCGUGUUACUUUGUACUGCAAACACCCACCACUUCCAUUUCUCAAAGUUGCCGCUAUGAAAAUCGCAGAAGGAGUUGCUGCCCUUCACGAAGCCGGUGUAUGCCAUGGUGACCUCACAGAUUCCAAUGUGCUUUUCGAAAUUACAGGUCUCCAGGACUGGACGGAAGAUGAGGUCCAUCGUUACUUAGGACCACCUAAAACGGCCCCACUGCUAUUCCUCGAUGGAAAACCUGCACCAGUAUUCGCCCCAACCCAUGUCGUUGACGCGCUUGAUUACUCUCAUCUAAAUACGGAACAUUUGUCAAGUAAUAUUCUUAUAACUGACUUCGGCGAGGCAUUCUUUAAAGAUAACGUGCCUAAGGGACUGGGAACCCCUGCGUCUUUCUCUGCUCCUGAGCUGCUUUUUGGAUACCAACCGUCGUGUGCUGUAGAUCUAUGGGCUCUCGGUUGUCUUGUAUUUCAGAUCCACACGUUUCAAGUGCUCAUACCCACAAUCUUUAGUUCUGACCAGGAGGCACUAGCAAUGGCCAUUGAAACAGUUGGGGCUCUGCCAGAAGCAUGGCAAGAGUCCUUCUUCAGCAGCUUGCAUUUGCACAUAUUAAAAGUCUCCAAAAGAAGAAUGCAUUUAAAUGUGUUCCAGGGUUCAAAAGGUGAAGAUUCAAGGGAAGACAUCAUCACCGGGGCGGAACAGCCCCGCUACCUAUCGAUAAGAUCGAGUCACCGCCCCGCCAAAAUUUUGACAUGUCUUUUCAACUAUCCAACCCAUGAUUCUGCAAUCAUUUAA